UCCAGUUCUGUUGCACUUGUGCUUUGUUUGAAACUAAUGGUGUUGUAUGUAGACAUAUAUUAUCGCUAAUGAUGGCUAGGCAAAUGGAUUCAUUACCCGACCACUACAUCCUACACCGUUGGACCAUACAUGCAAGGCAUCGUAACAUUGGGGUUGGCAAUAUUGUAUUUGGAAGAAACAUCACCAGCUGUGAAGAGAAGAUUAAUUUAUUGAAAUCUUGGGCUUUAAGAGCAAAAUUCAAUAAUGUGCUCGAGCUUGCAUUUGAUUCAGAAGAGAAGCUGCAACAACUUGAUGAUGUGCUAACAAAUUUCAUGGAAUCACUUGAAGAAGAAGUUGGAGAAACUCAAGAUCAAAUUAUGGAUAUUCCUCAACCUUCCGCACCCAUUUCACAUACAAUAGAGAACAUUCCUCAGAUAACAGUUCGUGAUCCUGAUAGACCUGCAAGGACUAAAGGUCGUCCACGCAAUGCUACUAGAAUCCAGUCAGGUUUAGAACAGGCACAAGAAAAGAAAGAAAGGAAGAAACACAUAUGUAGCAGAUGUGGUGAACUCGGGCAUUAUAGAACUAGUUGUAAAGUUAACUUGCAAAGGUAAACAUAUGCACGGGUGGUGGAUGUAUUGGUUUGUUCAAAAAGUC